AUGGAGAGGAAGCUCAGUCCUCACAGCUUCAUCAAAGAAAAACUGAACACAUGGAAACAGAAGCUGAUGGAGAGGACUGUGGAGGAGCAGAACCAGACAGGAACUCACAUCCACAUUCAGAACCAGAUACUGAGAAAAUGGCUCAGAGAAACACGCCGGCCAAAAAAAGGGCACAGAAGCGCCUCAACUCCUUUAAGGUGAAGAGUGCCGAGUGGGCAAAGGGAAUGAGGCGCAACAGGAAUGUAAGCCAUUUUUUAGACGACAUUGAGGUCACAAUGGAGAAAAUGAAGGCCCUUGGGCUCAGACCCCUUUUAUUUUAUGGGGUGUAUGAUGAAAAAAUGUCAAGAUACGACACGAAGGUCAUCUGCCCUUAUAGCACGUCAAAUGAGACAGAAGUGAUGCUGAAAAAAAUGAACAUGCUGUACAGUGUUCUUUUGCAAGCAUGGACUCCAGAGGAUGAGGGGAGUAGGCGGGGAGAGAAGAGGAAGGGGAAGAAAGGAAACCGGAGGCCUGUGUCAGGAGUGGAGAGGGCUGCAGCACCUCUGAGUGGAGAGGAGGGGGCUGCAGCAGCAGCACCUCUGAGUGGAGAGGAGGGGGCUGCAGCAGCAGCACCUCUGAGUGGAGAGGAGGGGGCUGAAGCUCCUGACAGUGGAGCCGAGGAGGCCGUAGCGCCUGAGGGAGGAGACCGUGAGCCUCCGGUUUCAGUGAUCCAGCAAUUUAAAAAACUGUUCAAAGCCAAAAAAACAACUGGUGGAGAGGCUGCUGUGGUUGACAGAGGAGAGGAGAUCCAGCAGUUUAAAAUCCAGGUGAAGAAGAGGAGACAAACCUCCAGAGAGUGCGGCAUACAUCCCUAUGCCGAUGCUUUCGAGGCAUGGAAAUUGGGGCAAACCAAACAAAAAAAGGGAGUGGAUUACGUCUACGUUUUUUGGAAGUCCUGUGAGGGAUGUGGAGAGACCUGGAGGCCCUCCUGGGAGCCUGCUAUAAACAUAGAAUUUGGCACUUAGUUCAACACACACACACACACACACACACACACACACACACACACACACACACACACACUUCUCUGACC